AACCCUGCUUGUCAUCCAAGUUUCAACCUCCGAUCCUUCAGCGCCCGUCCCCUUUAUGCCCAACGCGCGGAGGCGCGGACGGAGAAAGAUGGAUUGGGCACACAUGGCACCCUCGGCGGCUCUUAUGCCGAGCUUGCCAUGGACCGCAAGGUCGUGAGACGUUAUAUCUGCAGUUGAUCUCUGUCAUUUGUGACAGAUCUGUAGGCCACAGGAGCCCAACGCCACGACACAGCACAGCAUCAGACAUCCCAUCUGGCAACUUCCGACAGGCACUGCCGUCACACCAUAUCCCUUCCCGCCAUUCGCCCACCCCGCAACGCACCAUGUUCGCCUCACUGCUAGGCGUCCCCAGCCACAGCGGCAGCAGCAGCAGGACACACAAGCACGGCAGCCGGCGCAGCACCAGCAGCACCAGCACCAACGCCAGCCACCACAGCAAGCCGACCAAGCCAUCCCGCAGCAGCGUCCAGCGGCCGGUUGCGCCGGGGCCGGUGUCGGCGUCGUUCUUGUUCGUGGUCAACGAGCUGCAGGUGGACUACGAGCCGGCGUCGCCGCAGGACCAGCCGCUGACCGACCAGUGGCUCAACACGAUGCCGCCGCAGCACGCGGGUGCCUAUGUCGGCGAGCUGGUCGGCACCGUGUUUCGCUACCGGGACGGCGUCGUGGCGCCCGCGCAUGGGUAUCUCUGGCACCGACCAACCCUAAACACCGAAGGCCGCAUCGUGCGCAUCAACCCCGCCGGCGUGAUCGACGGCUGGCCAGCCGUCUACCGCGCCCAAACCGUCUUUGCCUGCUCCCCCCUGCUCGCCAUGAUCGUGACCGACGGCGAUGCCUCGCUGGGGCACACCUUCCCGCGGCGGAUGUGCAGCUGCGCGGGUAAGUAUAUUAGCAGUGCGGGAGGCGGUGGUGGUGGCAGUGGGGGAGGAGGAGGUGGUGGUAGUGGUUUGUAUGAGGACGAGGACGACGAGCGGUGCUCGACGUGGUCGCACCUGCAUUUUGUCGGUGGGGACGAGCGGCGCGGGGUGUCGUAUGUCAACUCGUACGCGAGCGGGGAUCCGUUUGUGGCGGGCGAGGCGCCGUCGUGGGUGCCGGCGCUGGUGCCCGGGGUGUACAGGAAUACGCGGCCCGGGGUGGGGCCCUCGCGGGGGCUGUCCGGGGAGCUGCCGAUUGUGUUGGCGUUGAUGGGGUUUCAUGGCCGGCCAGGCCGGGCGAGUGAUGUGUUUCAGAGUAGGAAGUGGGAGAUGGGGCAGUGGCUCGGUUCGAGUAGGGCGUCAGGCUACCGUGGGUAUUUACUCUCACUUUGUUGCGUGCAGCUAAUGCCGAGGGCGCCCGGCUGACGAACGUAGUGCCGAAGUCGGGAGAGAGCCCUCGCGGUCUCUUCGUCCAGGUCUGCGCGGACAACUUGGUCGAUGGUCUGGAAGACUGCGAGGAGAACAACGUCCCGGUGGAGAUCUGGGAGCAGAUCUUGCAGGAUCUCGAGUACAGAACCGUGUUGGUCCAGGGCUGACUCGGGUUGUGCGAUGUCGACUUCAAGCUUCUUUCCAUUGUUCCAUCCAUUGCUGUUCGAAACCUCUGCUCCAAAGCAACUCAUCUCUUGUUCUGUUAGCUGGGCCAUACGUUGUUGUUUUAGUGCGGGUUUCAUCGUUCGACAUGCCUCCAACGGCAUGAUCAUCUUUACCUUGCGUGUUCAUGACUUACAAACCGGCGCUUGGUGGCUUUUGUUGUAUCUCCCUUGUCGAUUUUGGCUGUUUCGUGAGACUCUGCAGAGGGGCGGAUGGGAUGUCACAAAUCCAUGCAAAACAA